CCUUGCUCUUGACCACCAGGAUUUUCAGCCUUUCUUUUGCUCUGCCUUUUCUUGAAUCCUCAGAGGGCAUGACCUCACAGCCUUUGGUGAUGACUGAGCAUGCUCCGUCGUCCUCGGUAACCGUCAGCACCUCCACCAGCAUCCCCUCUGCUACCUCUGCCCUGAUUCCUUCCUCAUCCUCGUCCUCCCCAUCCUCCUCUUCUUCAGCCAUUCCCCAGCCCAAUUCGAAUAGCAAGCCCUGGAGGAGCAAGUCGAUGAGCUCCAAGCACACCUCCUCCUCUGCCUCCUCUACCAGCGCACCCCCUCCUGCCGUGCUGUCAGUCAAGCAGGAGAAGGAGAGCUCCUGUAAGGCUGCUCCAGCGACUGAAGCUCCUCCAAAGGUUGUUACUCAGAAGUCAAUGCUGGAGAAGCUCAAACUCUUCAACAGUAAAGGAGGCUCCAAGUCUUCCACCCCCGCCAAUGGAGCAGAGGGCCAGACAGACUGCACUGCCCCAGCCAAGCAGCUCGGAGCAGGGCCAGUGGAGAGAGCUGAGGCUGGCUCCAAUACUGACCCCCUGGAGGAAGUGGAGGGCAAUGUCAGGCCUGGAUUGAAUGGAACUAGUAAUGGGACGGCCCACGGAGGGGCUCCCACAACAUGUACUACUGUUGCCACUACAACCAGCAGCCCCAAAAUUGCCCUGAGGGGCAUUGCCCAGCGCACCUUCAGUAGAGCUCUGACAGCCAAGAAGAGCUCUGUCAAAGGCCCGGAGAAAGAAAAAGACAAAGAGAGGGGGAAGGAGAAGGAUAAAGAGAAGGAGAGAGGGAAGGAGGUGGGGAAACGCAUCUCCGUCCCUGACAGGACAGAACUCAGGGGGGAGGAGCCUAAGGAGGAAAUAGCCACUGUUGCUGCAGAAACUGACAGUUCUAAUAAAAGGACCUCUAAAAUUGCCAGCUUCAUUCCCAAGGGAGGCAAAGUGGCCAAAAAGGAGAGUUCCACCCCUGCACACAGCGGAAUACCAAAGCCAGGAGGCAAGGCCCCAGGAGUUGGGGGGAAAGCCUCCACAGCGGGAACGAAGGAGGCAGGAGAGAGACCCCGGAGCAUGCGGUUAGGAGGGGGCCUCGCCAUGCACCGCAGCCCCCUGGACAAAGACAGAGACAGGGACAGCAGACACUCCAGCUCUACCUCGAGCCUGGCCUCCACGGAGGGCAAGGCCACGCAGGCCCACAGCACCGCCCCUGUGGCCGGAGGUGGUGCUACGCAGAGCACAGCCAGCAACACGGUCAGCGUGCAGCUACCUCAGACUCAACAGCACCACAGCCACCCCAACACAGCCACCGUCGCACCUUUCAUGUACAGAUCCCAAACAGACAGCGAGGGAACCGUGAACACAGAGACAGGGUCGGGAGGAAGGGGUGGAGACGUUCCCCUCAAGACCAGCCAGACCUCCACUGAGGACCUUUCAGGAGAAGACCCCGAGACGAGGCGUUUGCGUACCGUUAAAAACAUAGCAGACCUACGGCAGAACCUGGAGGAGACCAUGUCCAGUUUGCGGGGAACUCAGGUCACACACAGCACCUUGGAAACCACCUUUGAUGGCACCGUCACCACUGAGGUCAGCAGCGGUGGGGGUGGUGGAGGAGGUGGCGGUGGAAAUAGCGGAGGCGGGCGGAGCAUCCUCAGCCUCACUUCCACCCGUCCCUCCCUGUCAUCAUGGCGACUGGGCCAGUCCAGCCCUCGUCUGCAGGCGGGCGAUGCCCCCUCCAUGGGAAACGGCUAUGGCGGCCGGGUGGUGGGAGGCCAGGGAGGGCGCUACCUCUACCCCGGUCCCCUCAGGCGACAGCUAGCUGGCAGGGGUGGAGCCCUCUGCAGCGUGGAGCUUGGGGAUCGAGCCAGUGACGACAUUGACCUGGAAGGGAUUGCCAUGGAAGUCACAGGAUACAUGAGCGAUGGAGAUGUGCUGAGCAAGAAUGUGACUCGCACUGAUGAUGUCACCAGCGGCUACAUGACUGAUGGAGGGCUGGGUCUGUACACGCGACGCCUCAACCGUCUUCCUGACAGCAUGGCUGCCGUCCGGGAGACACUCCAUCGAAACACUUCCUCAGGACAAGGAGAUGCUGACAGCUGGGACGACAGCAGCUCAGUGAGCAGCGGUAUCAGCGACAACAUUGACACCGAUGAUAUCAACACCAGCUCCUCCAUCUCCUCCUAUGCCAACACACCCGCCGCACAGCGCAAGGCCCUCAACGGACAGCCUGUGACGGAUGCUGAGAAGCACUCGGCCUCCACAGCGGUGCACCAGGCCUGGUCAGGAGACGAGGUGAAGAGGUCAGACGGGGGGUCGGACAGCGGGGUCAAGAUGGAGCCGGGCUCCAAGUGGAGCCGCCGGAACCCCUCUGAUAUCUCAGACGAGUCCGACAAGGGGGGCUCAGGCAGGAAGACCCCCUCCGUGUCCCACACAGGCUCCUGGAGGAGGGGCAUGAGCACUCAGGUGGGGGUGACCUCGCCCCGAACCAAAAGCACUGCAAGCACAGGCUCCACAGGCUCUGUUACCCUCAAGACCCACAGUACAGGUAAAACAGAUGAUGUCAAAGUGUCAGAAAAAGGCCGCCUCUCUCCUCGUUCCAACGGUCUUCACCGCUCGCCCUCCGAUGCAGGACGCAGCAGCGGCGAUGAGGCCAAGAAGCAAGUGAAUCCCAACAGCCGCACCACACACGCUCUCACACACACAGUCUCGGACCCCCACUCCCAAACACACACACUCGCUUCACGCACACCAACCAGCACCUUCGGCUUCAAGAAACAGGGCUCUGGGAUGGUAACCAUGGUUACCGCCAGUGGAGCCACCAUCACUAGUGGCUCAGCAACCCUGGGGAAAAUGCCCAAAUCUGGGGCGCGCUCGCUAGCAGGAGGCCUGAAGGCAGGUGGGCACGAUGGGGGGUCAGCACUUGGUCACCAUGAUGAUGGCUUCCUCCCUGUGAGCGCCCGUUCCACGCUGCAGUACCGCAGCCUGCCGAGACCCAGCCGCUCUGGAGCAGCUGCCCGAAAUGGAAACCGCUCGUCCACCAGCAGCAUCGAGGCCGCUGUGCUCUCUGUCACCUCUCACGGUAAAAACUCUGUCAACAUCGCCAAGUCCAAUGGCUCAGGAGUCCUGCUGGCCAAUCAGACGGACCGGGAGAAGGGCGUGUCUGAAAUGGACAACCUCAGGAGCGGAGCUGUGAUGCAGAGUGGCGGGGCAGCCACUGUUCCUCUAACAGGAAGACAGCAGGUUUCCUCACCCACGUUACGCAGGUUGUUUGGUGGGAAGCCCAGUAAGCAGGCCCCAGUCACCACAGCCGAAAACAUGAAAAACUCUACAGUUAUCUCCAACCCUCAUGCUACCAUGAACCAAGUGGCCACUGUGUUGGAGUCCCCUGGAGGAGGGAUGGGAGGAGCGGACAGCGAGACCAGCAGCCCCCUGUUUGGGGGCAGAGCUCUGGGCUCAGGAACUGGAACACUGGGCAGUGAACAGGCAUCCAGUCCCGGCUCAGUCUACUCCUCCACCGGCCCCUCCAACAGCCUGACCUGGGGGACCACCUUCAGCAGCUCAUCUGCCCAGAGCAGGGAGAGCACCCUUGGCGGUCAUGGCGGGACGGGCAGCCUCGGCUACCCUUCUGUAAGCAGCAUGCACACCAGCAGUGAGUCCAUUGACAUGAGCCUGGGCAGUGCCGGGGGAGGAGGCCACGGGACCCACAGGGAGGACACCCUCUCCGCCCUGGGCCGCACCGGCAGCAUCAAGACCGGCAUGUCCGAGAGCGGGCCACACUGUGGUAGAAACACUCUGCCCAAGAAGGGACUCAGGUAUGCCCCGUCUGCCCAGCUGCGAGGCCAUGAGGAGGCACGUGAUUGGCUGCGGUCCCACUCUACCAGCGGGCUGCAGGACUCAGCCAGUAACUCCCCAUUUUCCCCUGGCUCCAGCCUCACAUCACCCUCUGGCACUCGCUUCAACUUCGGACAGCUCGCAUCCAGCCCCACCUCUGGCACUCAGAUUAAUCUAGCUGGUCUGCGCAACAACAGUCUGACCAAUCAGGAUGUCUCCUUCGACCCAUGCAGCGACACUCGUCUGAGAAACUCCUGCAUGUCACUGGAUGAGAAGACUCGCACCAUGAGCCGCUCCGGAUCCUUCAGAGACGGCUUUGAGGAGGUUCAUGGAUCAUCCCUGUCUCUGGUGUCUAGUACUUCUUCCAUUUAUUCAACGAAUGAAGAGAAGUCUCAAUCGGAGAUCCGCAAGCUGCGUCGGGAGCUGGACGCCUCUCAGGAAAAGGUUUCCGCCCUGACGACACAGUUGAGUGCCAAUGCUCACUUGGUGGCAGCAUUUGAACAGAGUCUUGGCAACAUGACCAUCAGACUGAAGAGUCUCACCAUGACUGCAGAGCAGAAGGACUCUGAGCUGAACGAGCUGAGGAAGACCAUAGAGCUGCUGAAGAAGCAGAACGCUGUGGCUCAGGCUGCCAUCAACGGAGUUAUCAACACUCCUGAACUCACACCCAAAGGCGACAGGACAGGUGGUAACAAUGGCAGUCCACAACAGCAGCAGCAGCAGCAGCAGCAGCAACACCAGCCAGAUCUGCGAAUCAGGAGGCAGCACUCCUCUGACAGCGUUAGCAGCAUAGCCAGUGCAACCAGCCACUCCAGUGUGGGUUCCAACAUGGACAAUGACCCAAAGAACAAGAAGAAGAACAAGAAGAACUGGUUACGGAGCUCCUUCAAGCAGGCGUUUAGCAAGAAGAAGUCACCAAAAUCAGCCUCAUCCCACUCGGACAUCGAAGAGAUGACCGACUCCUCUCUGCCGUCCUCGCCCAAACUGCCCCACAACGGCACCACAGCCGCCAGCCACAUGCUCAGGAACACACACUCCAACACACUGCUGUCGGAGUGUUUGGACAGCGAGGCGGAGACGGUGAUGCAGUUACGCAGCGAGCUCAGGGAGAAAGAGAUGAAGCUGACAGAUAUCCGACUGGAGGCACUCAGCUCUGCUCAUCAGCUGGACCAGCUCCGAGAGGCCAUGAACCGCAUGCAGCUGGAAAUCGAGAAGUUGAAGGCAGAGAAUGACCGCCUGAAGCUGGAGAGCCAGGGCAGCAGGACCGGCUCCCAGGCCUCCAUCUCAUCCUGCCCUCCCCAGCACACACACACCCAGACCGCGGGUCCCGGGCCGGGCCUCCCCCAGCACAGCCUCAACCUCACCACCAGUGAGUCCACAAGCCUUGAUAUGUUGCUGGAUGACACUGGUGGAGAAGGAGGGAUGAGGAAGGAAGGACGACAUGUCAAGAUUGUAGUCAGCCUGGACGAGGACAGCAAGUGGGGAGAGGAGGGCCGGUCUCGUGACUUCCUGAUUGGUUGCAUUGGUGUGAGUGGUAAAACCAAGUGGGACGUCCUGGACGGGGUGGUGCAACGCCUUUUCAAGGAGUACAUCACCCACGUGGACCCGGUGAGCCAGCUGGGCCUGACCUCGGACAGCGUGGAGGGCUAUAACAUCGGAGACAUCCACCGCCUUAGCAGCUCCAGCACCGCCCACACACCCGAGCUGCUGCCCUGCGGCUAUCUGGUGGGAGACAGCAACACCAUCAACAUCCGACUCAAAGGUGUGAGCACUGAGAGUGUGGACUCGCUGGUGUUUGACACCCUGAUCCCGAAGCCCAUGCUACAGCGCUACGUCUCCCUGCUGAAGGAGCACAGGCGGGUCAUCCUGUCCGGCCCCAGCGGGACAGGAAAGACAUACCUGGCCAAUCAGCUCUCUCGACACCUUCUGCUGCAAGAGGGACGACCCCUGACCCAACACGCCAUCGUCACUUUUAAUGUGGACCACAAGUCUAGCAAGGAGUUGCGUCAGUACCUGUCAGCCCUGGCGGAGCAGUGCAGCGGUGAACUGGGUGCAGAGAGCCCUCUAGUGGUCAUCCUGGACAACCUGCACCAUGUCAGCUCCUUGGGCGAGAUCUUCAACGGCCUCUUCAACUGCAAAUACCAGCACUGCCCAUACAUCAUUGGCACCAUGAGCCAAGCCACAUCCUCCGCCCCCAACCUCCAGCUUCACCACAACUUCAGGUGGGUGCUGUGUGCCAAUCACAUGGAGCCUGUGAAAGGCUUCCUGGGUCGCUACCUGAGAAGGAAGUUGAUAGAGAUGGAGAUUGGCAGCCGAAUGCGCAACAUGGAGCUGGUGAAGAUCAUCGACUGGAUCCCCCGGGUUUGGCACCACCUCAACCGCUUCCUGGAGGCACACAGCUCCUCCGACGUCACCAUCGGGCCACGACUCUUCCUGUCCUGUCCCAUGGAUGUGGAGGGCUCCAGGGUUUGGUUCACCGACCUGUGGAACUACUCCAUCAUCCCCUAUAUGCUGGAGGCUGUCAGAGAGGGGCUGCAGCUGUAUGGCCGCAGGGCUGCAUGGGAAGACCCUGCACACUGGGUGAUUGACACCUACCCUUGGUCAGCCACACCCACUCCAGCUGAUUGGCCUCCGCUGCUCCAGCUCCGCCCAGAGGACGUAGGGUUUGAUGGCUACUCCGCCCCUAGAGAGGGAGUCAGGAAGGAGCCUCCACAGAGCGACAGCGACGCAGACCCACUGAUGAACAUGCUGAUGAGGCUGAAGGAGGCGGCGACGUCCUCAAGCCCCCAGAGCUACGACAGCGAUUCCAACAGCAACAGCCACCAGGACGACAUCCUGGACUCAUCACUGGAGUCGACCUUGUGAUGCGAUCAAAAAGCAACACUGGGAGCUGUUUUCAGGCGGAACUUUUUGUGAGAACUGUUCUUACUGUAAGAAUUUUCUAUUGAGAAUAUGGUUUUAUGCCACAAAUUCCAGCCACCUUAAUUUGGGUGCAGGUAACCCAAAUAUAUAAAAAAUGAAAAAUUGCAUUUCAAAAAAUGGGCAACAAAAGUUUCUACUGCACUGCUCUAUUUUUUUCACCGCUGUGGCCCGUGGCUCCUCUGUCAAGAGCCUGUCAUGAUCAUCGACUUCAGACAGAAAGAAUACAAACAGAGCUCGUCACUGUGGAUAAGAUGUGACCAUAACCACGAUCACCAACCAUCAUUCAACUAGACACCAGCCAGGAGUCUUCCAUCCUCCACAGAGCCAAACUGUCCACUUCCAGCCCAGCGAGCCAGGCACAUCAGGGUCCCUCCCAGCUACACUGUACCAUACUGAGCUGCAGAUGGCGCUGCAGGCCCUCUCUUUUGGAGCCUUACUGAGCCUGAGCUACCAGCUGCUGAGAGAACACAAGGGAAAGCCGUUGGUUAAUGAAUGGAUAGCCAGUCGCCUUCCUCAACAACUAGCGCUGCUGAGGAUGCCUGUCUCCUUGCCCCACUGCUAGAAAUUCUGAUGGAUUUUUAUAGUAUUAUCAGAGAAACAAUUUUCAUAUGACUUAUUCCCCCACCUCUACACCCCGUUCAUGUUCAGUUGUCUUAAGGUGAUAUCAAAACCAGGUGUCUGAGAUGGCAAACUUAUAUAAUCAAUGGAGAUGUAUGCCUCUACAAACUUUUUAGUAAGCCCCACCAAAUUGUAAACAUUGCUUUGUCAUUGAAAAGUAGUUCCUAUCCAAAUAUAUUUAAGAAAUGUUGAAUUAAAUCAUGCGUUCAAUAAAGCCCCGCUGGACCCCUGCCUGUAUCUGUCAUGUGUAGGUGAAAAUAUAAACAAGGAUACAGGCAAAGACACCGCACCAGCAUGGCCGUAUCAGUGGAGCAUCAUCUGAACAUUGGAAUCAAAUGUUUAAAAGGUACCACUUCAAAUUUAGGCAUCAUCACCUUGGACACAUUGAGCCAAAGCUCUGACCACAAUCUGAAACAUACACUUUCUUUUUAAUAAAAGUGUAAGUCCCACCCUGGACAGCGUUUCUCACUGAUCGCUCGCAUCGUCAUUGGCUCUGUCCCGCCUCAUUUCAAGCCUCUCAGCUGGAGCAGAGGUUUUCUUCCUGAAAAUAGCUCCUUUGAAAUAUAUUAAAUUAAGGUGCUACUUAUGCAUGUUUUACUCUUCAACAUGUAAAUGCACAAAUCAGUCAGACCCAAUGAUAGCUUGUUUUUCAUCCGGUUCGAGGCCCAUUUAGAAACUGAUUUAGAGUUAACAUGACAAGAGUUAUUCUUUAAACAUUUAGAAAGUGUUCAAUUAUUAGUACAAGUCUGUUCAUUUUGUCUGUGUAGAGAGGUAUACAUUCUCUGUAGCUUCACAAAAAACACACCUCCCACUUAACUCCUUCGUUCUCGUGUUCACCUCUUAACCCUCUGAGGUCAUCAUGCACAUUGGCCCAAGCUGUUGUAGCACAAAUCUCUUUUGGUGCUGGACUGAAAUAAAAAUAAAUAAUGCCUUACUCUUUUAUAAUAGACUAUGUGCAUUAGCUACUUCUUUAUUUGUCUAAAUGGCUGUAAACUUACAGGGCUCCAAGUUGACACUCUCCCUGAGCCCUCCACUCUUGAGGAGCAGUGUUGACCUUUUGUCAUAUCAAACACCAAUGCCGUGGAAUCAAAGAGAAGUGAAUGGGAAGCAGGAUUUGCGGUUUAUUAAGACUGUAUGCAUGUUUGACCCGAUGCUGAGAUGUUGGUGUAAAUAUUUGGAUAACCAGCAAGAAAAAAGAAGUUAUAGAUCUGUCUGGUGCUUGAAAUCAAUACGCUUUGUGUAUUGAUUAUGAGGGGAAAGUUAAAUAAAUUGUGUUAAUUUUAUACCUCAUCAACCUUAACUGCGACCCUGUGCUUUUGCCAAGCUUGUCGUCCUUUUUCAUUCUGUGAUUUGUGAUGAACAAAAGUGUCAUAACAAACAUGUUGAAUUAAUUAUGUGACAACUAGUGUAUAUGCUGCUUUGUUUAUAGUGAGAUAAUUUACGGGAGAUAAUGGUAUAAAGGUACUUGUGGGUGAAAAACAAUGUAGAAUGGUUUGGCAUCUUUUCUGUGGCUUGAAUAGUAUAUUGUGCUUUUUUUUUUUUUUUUUUGGUCAUUGUUUUGUUUUCUCCCAGCGGUGGACUUUUGAGCCGGGUUCAACAUCGCUUCCACUGCAUUUCAGUGUUUUGUCACCAAUCCUAUGCAACAUUUUGAUCUCAAAUGGAAGCCAAACCUGAAGGUGCACCCCACCCCCCACCUCCCCCAUGAGUGUUUUUUAGCACUGCCAAGAGAUGUACAGCAUGGAAACAGAUUUGUGAAAACUUUUCUGACUUGUGCCCCAUGUUCUUUGUCCAUAUGUGUCUGUGCAUUUUAAAGAGGCUCUCCUGCUCUGGUCAAUGUAAGCACAAAGAGACAGAGAUUCUCCGUCUCGUUUGUUCGUCUUGUGUAAUGCCUGCUUUGAGAGGUGUGGAUGUUGAAACAUAUGGCCAGUCUGUCGUAUUAAGAUACUCACAAACUCAAUGAAUGUUUAGCCUUCUUUGCUUUGUACAUUUUUAAUAUGUAACAUAAAUUUGUAAAUAGUUGAUUACCUUGCAGCAUUUUGAUGACUUUUUCUAGCUGAUUUGUAACAGUACUUGAAAAGGAGUAUUUUGUGUACAGUCUCUUUACAUCAGAGCAGAAUGAUGUGGUUUAUCAUCUCUGGUCUGUCCAGGGCUUGGAGAAUUAAAUCUGAUAUCACUGUACUAGUCUUAAGUUAUUGUGAUUCAA